AUGGAAGUCGUAGACAGUAUUGUGGUCCACCCCAUGAACGAUCAGUAUGAUGACGAGGAAGAGAAGCAAGAGAAGAAACCGAAGAAGCACGACUUCGCGCCGAUUUCUGGUGAUGAGUUCCUUCGACGGGAUGACACAUCUCAAUACGAUGACAAAGAAGAGAAUGAGUCCGAAGACGCAGAUGUAAAACCCCUGGAAGUUAACGAAGAGAAACUCGACGAAGACGAGGAAGAUUCAGGCGAGCUGCUCAAGGAUUCCGAUGGUCGCGUGAACAUUGUGGCCAUUGCCAUACGAAACAAAGAGAAAAGCCAAACAGAGGACGAUGACGAGCCAGACUCCAGUUACGCACUCAAUUGUCACUUUAUUGGAGUUCUACUUUAUAUGGUCUGCUUUGUACUCCUCCUGGGCGCUGUCCUCAAACGAUGCUUCAAAUCCAACACUCACAUUCCUGUCAUGAAUUUCUCCGACGAGCAAUGUGCAAGUGAGAUCUCAAAGACCUUUUUUACAAACAAGUUACUACUGAAUUCAUCAACGAGUUACUAA